AGACGGGAUCAGACACCGCCACUUGCCGCGCCGCGCCGCGCGAUAGGGCGCCAGGCGCCAUGGCGCAGGUGGACUUCGGGAGUUUCCUGGGGGAGGUCCGGCAGGACCUCGUCAGCAGUGCGCCAGCACCUGGCGCCGCGGGGACUCCACGGCGGGGCGUCCUGCAGCUGACGGUGUCGCGCGGGGCGGCCGUGAGCAAGUCGAGCAGCUCCGGCGCCGUGGCCUUUGGCGAGGCCACAGUUGAGGCGAUGGCUCUCAUCGAUCGCGGCUUGCAGAAGGCGAGCAGCAUGCGCCAGAGCUUCUCCUACCGAUGGCUCUCCGCGCCGGCGCGGCCCGGGCUGGGCGCGGGCGCGCGCGGCGAGCUGGACGAGGAGGAGGAGGAGGAGGCCUCGCUGCGGCUGGACGGGGAGCCGCGGCGGCUGAGGCUGGCAGUGCCGAUGCCCGCGUGCGGCGGCGACGCGGGGUUUGCCGAUGUGCUGAGCGCCUGGACCAGCGCGGCGAUGAGGUCCCUGGCGGGUGCCGCCGCCGACGGACCCUCGCUGUCCGCGCUCGUCCCGCUGGUGGCGCUCCCCGUGCUCGGGCCCCUGGCGCAGGGCCUGCUGGCCGCGCUGCCGGGCGGCGCCGGGGCGGCGGCGGCCAGCCUGGCGCUGCCGCUGAAGGUCUGCGGCUUCGGCGGCCUCGCCGCGACGCAGGUGGCCCAGAGCGCCAUCGUGCCGAGCCUGGGACACGAGCUCGCCACGCACGUGGGCCUCUUCUCGCUGACCUCGGCCAUAAUGUUUAUUUUCUCCAUCAAGGGCCUUGGUAACCACUCCACCGCGCGCGAGGGCGUUCUCCUCGGGGCGCUCGCCACCGCCCUGGGCAUGUUGGCGGUGAUGGUGUCCCCCGGCUUCAACGGCGCCCACCUGCGAUUCAUCUCCACGUUCCUGGUCGCGGGCGGCCUGGGCGGGCUCUUCGCCACGCGGGUGAGCAUGGAGGAUAUGCCGCAGCUCGUCGCAGGCUUCCACUCCUUCGUGGGCCUGGCCGCCGUCUUCGCGGGCUUCGCAAGCUACCUGGCUCCAGAUCCCUUCCACAUGAUGAAGGCCCUUGAGAUAUGCUUGGGGUCCGCGAUCGGCAUGCUGACGUUCACGGGCAGCGUUGUGGCCGCGGGCAAGCUCCACGGGGUCAUCCCGGGGAGGCCCGUUGUCCUGGACAACAGGUGGUUACUGAACUUCCUGGGGCUCGGCAGCAGCCUCGCGCUGAGCGUCAUGUUCUGCCGCCCCUCGUUCUACCGCACUGCCUACGGCGGGCUGUGUCUGCUUGCCAACACGGCGAUCUGGGGCGGCCUUGGGGCCAACAUGGUGUUGCCGAUCGGCGGCGCGGACAUGCCCGUGGUGGUGUCAUUGCUCAACGCCUUUAGCGGCCUCGCGACCAGCGCCGCGGGCUUCAUGCUGUCUAACAACCUGCUCACCAUCACGGGCGCGCUGGUUGCCUCUAGCGGCACUCUUUUGAGCGACAUCAUGUGCCGCGGAAUCAACCGCUCCAUGGGCAGCGUGCUGCUGGGUGGCUUCGGCACCGACGGUAGCACCGUGCCAGGCGGCGCCGUGGGGCCCGUCGGCAAUGUGACAGAGGUGUCACCCAUGGGCUUCGUGAACAUGCUCCUCGGUGCCAAGCGCGUGGUCAUCGUGCCCGGCUACGGCCUGGCGGUGGCGCGCUGCCAGCAGAGGCUGGCGGACGUGGUGGCGCUGCUGCGCAGCCACGGCGUGGUCGUCCACUUCGCCAUCCACCCGGUCGCUGGCCGGCUGCCGGGGCACAUGAACGUGCUGCUCGCGGAGGCCGACGUCCCGUACGACAUCGUGCGGGAGAUGGAGGA